GGAGGUGCUGAGCUCCAAGGAGCAAUCAGAGCUUAUACAUGUACUGAACUUUGCAGGACUUUGGUAUUUUCUGUCAAUCAGGAGGGCAAGGACAGAUGGAAUGAUUUGGGAAAGAAACUCAAGCCAGCUCACGUGAAAUUUAUCAACAACUGUUCAAUAAAUAGGAAAGGGGAGAUUAUUGAGUAGUAAAACUGCACCCAUGACCUUGCAAAAAUCCUCUGAACAAACACAGGUGUGGUCUAAAUUCCCGGGAAAAUUUACUCGAAAGGCUUCUUGGGAAAUCCAACAUCUGUCUCUCCCUGGAGAGCAUAUAAACCCCGACAGUCUGAGACUGCAGCAGAGGCAUUGGAGACUCCUCUGCCACUUUGGGGCUGCGAGCAGAAUCCUGUGCCACUCCUUCUCACGGGGAGCAAGAGCCCUUCACUGAAAUCCUCCCACCAUGCUGGGGCUGCUGCUGCUGCAGGUGUUGGCCAGCUGCCUCUGGCUGGGACACAGCGAGGUGGUGAAGUCCUUUGCAACUUGUCCUCAGUUCUUCUAUGCGGGGACCCCACCCAAUGAUGUCCUGAAGCCAAAUAACCCAGCCUGGAUCUGUCAGCGCUUCAGGAACUUGCAUCGCUAUGCCACCCUGUACGACAGAGACAGGAGAAUUCCAGUGUACUCUGCUUACAAAUACAAGCCUGGAUCUGGGAAGACAACAGAUAUGCCAUGGUUUGUUGAGCCCCAGCUCAUAGGUAAAAAUAAUCUUAAAGAAAUGGAAAGAGAGUCAGUCCUCAUGGAUCAACACAAGUUCACUUCAGAUCAAAUCAAAGAGAGCCAGGCUGUUCCUGCCGACUACAAAGGACUGAAGGGCUUGGACCUUGGCCAUUUGAAUCCCACUGGCCAUCAAGAUGGUGUGGAAAACAAGACAGCUACCUUCAGCCUCACCAACAUAGUGCCCCAGGACAAGAGUCUCAAAAAGGGACAGUGGUCAGUGUACGAGUCUAAAACUAUGUCCAAAAUAAGCCAGGGCUGUAACACCACCUACGUGAUCACGGGUGCUGUGCCUGGGAACAUUAACAUUGCCGAAGGGAGGAUUAACAGACCUAGCCAUAUCUGGUCAGCUACCUGCUGUCUGGUGGGUAAAAAGACCAUGAAGGCUUGGGGGGCUAUUGCUGAGAACAGCAAGAACAAGGUAGAGAACCUCAGCCUGGGGGAGCUGGAGGAGAGGUUGACCAAGCUCUACGGGGGGAAGAAAAAAGUUAGUCUGUUCAACAAAGCAUGUCCCAGGCAAUAA